CAACGCAAGCAACCAGCUUCUAGCUCUGAGCCUCCAUCCAGCCCAAGAAAAAGUUUCUCGCUUUUUACGAGCGAUCCAAACAGAGGAUUCAGCCAUGUCCUGCAGAGGCAACAUCCUCCUGGCGGCAGCGGUGGCGGCGCUGAUGGUGGCCUCGGCGGCGGCGCAGUCCGGGUGCACAACGGUGCUCAUCGGCCUGUAUCCGUGCCUGAACUACAUCAGCGGCAACGAGACGGCGCCGACCAAAUCCUGCUGCUCGCAGCUCAGCUCUGUGGUGCAGUCCCAGCCACAGUGCCUCUGCAGCGCGCUCGGCGGCGACUCCGUCGGCGGCAUCACCAUCAACAAGACCCGGGCGCUCGAGCUCCCCAAGGCGUGCAAUGUGCAGACCCCUCCAGUAAGCAAGUGCAACGACGCUGGUGGUGCCAGUGCUCCGGGCGCCGCCGUCGCGCCAACCACGCCGGAUGUACAGACACCUGUGCCUGCCGGAUCAGGGUCAAAGGCCACGCCGUCGGGGUCGCUGCAGGGGAGCGACGUCUCGUCUCUCAAUGGCCCGGCGGGCCUGGUGUUCGCGCUCGCGGCUGCUGCGUUCUACACCAUGUCCACCGUAUGAGCGUCUCGGUCAGUACUGGACUGAAGCGCUAGCUGGCUGGUGAUUCAGAAAUUUCUUUCUGGUAUUAUUUGCGUUUCCUAUUGGUUUAGCAUUGGUGUGAGAAUUGGCCAAUAUCUGUACAUCGCUGGAUUUGUUUGCUGCUGUCGAAAUAAAGAGCUACUACUUGUUGUAUUUGAUCA